GUCACGUGAACUCGUGCCGCGUGAACCAAAUAAUGGUGGUUUGCCGCGUGAACCAAAAACAAUAGCAAAUAAUGGGCUGUAACGUUCGACAACGCUGAGGACACAUCUGGCUAUAUAUGGUCCAGGGCGUUCCUAGAGGCAGAAAAAAGUGUCCUUCUGAAAGCUCCUCUUCGACCCAGAUGUCACGAACCAUGGACCUCUGGCAGUUCUUCCUCGACCGUCGCAUCUUCCAGUUCUGGCUGUGCGCUGCAUUCGCGGGUGUCUGGGUCGGCGUCCUCCUCGCAGCACUCUUUUACUUCCUCUUUUAUCUCAACGACUACCAAUUCCGGGGCACCUUUCCUCCUCCCACGGUCCCGCUCUGCCACAGGCCAGGAUGCACGUACAUGUCUGACGCGUUCACCAUCGCCAUCAACGCCAGCGCCAGUCCUUGCCACAACUUCUUCGAUUACGUCUGCAGCAAGUACAGCGAUCCCAUACCUCGAACUCUCUUGCGACUUCAAGCCGAUAUGUGGAGCACGGUUAAAGCGAUCGCCUAUUCAACGAACAUUUCCCAAGAACGACAGACGCCGACGCAGAAGGCUGCCGCCAUGUUCAGAGCUUGCGUCAGGUUGAAAAGGGAACGCGUGAACGAAAUGCAGGAUCUGAAAGAUUUCAUGAGGGGUGUCGGCGUCGAGAUUGCGGUGGAUCAAGAUAACUCCGAUAACACGCUGGAGAAAGUAGUACAGUUGGGACUGGAGUAUAACAUUCCGACAUUGCUGACCGUGACAGCCGACGAGAGCGUGCUCUGGAGGCAGAAACCAGCGCUUCUGAUAUCUCAGAACGAACAGGACGGAGAAUGGUACGAGACGCGGAGAUCACUUCCGGCGGCCGUCACGUUCCGUGUCUAUUCGGCGUUUAUACGAGCUUACGGAGCUGAAGAGUACAACGACGAGAUUGCCAGGACGAUACUGGCCGCUGAAGACAUUGCGGACGAAACGAGGACUAAGGCCCUCGUAAAAGAGAAAGAACAGAUAUCUGCGUACGUUAAGAUAAAAGAUAUAGGUACGUACACACCGACAAUACCGUCCACCAGGUGGACGGAGCUCAUCGAGAAGUACACGGACGGGGCUUACAAAGCGGGCGACGUCGCGGCCGUGUUUGUCCCCGCGUUGUGUUUUCUGGACGAACUUCACGGAACAUUGAAACCGGCCUCGCUGAAGCUGUUGAUCGCUUGGGACUUGCUGAGAACGUUGGGCCGAGACGUUCAUUCGACGCUCGCCCUAGUGUUUCCCGCAGCUGACACUCGGGAAAAAUAUUGUGCCGCGAAAGUGUCUUCUGCGAUGCCGGUCGUACUCUACGCGCCAUUUUUGUUCCAAGCCGUUACGGACCGAGACAUCCGGGCAGCAACGGACGUUCUGCGCGGUGUUCGAGACGCGUACGUCGAUGCGUUCGAGAGAUCGCCGUGGAUAUCCGGAAGUGCGAAGGAAACGGCGCUGAGGAAGUUGAAAGCGAUGUCGUUUCACGUCGGGUACCCAGAGGGACUCGAAAACGAAAUGGGCCUCGAUACCUUCUACGAGGGUUACCCGGUUGUCGGCAAGUUCUUCGCGUCGUGGAUAGCAGCGUCCAAGUUGACGCAGAAGAAGAAAUUGGCAUCGCCGCAGAGCUUCGUCUUUCGAGUCAACGAAGUGAACGCCUUUUACGCCAGAUUGCGCAAUACGAUAGUUCUCCUGGCACCUAUCUUACGACCUCCAGUUCUCGUCAGCGACGGUCCGGCUUCGAUAAACUUCGGGGCGCUCGGUCAGGUCGUGGGGCACGAGGUGAUGCACGGAUACGACGUGACCGGAAGCAUGAUCGACGACCAAGGAUGGCAACGCGAUUGGUGGUCGGGGUCCGCACGUGACCAUUACGUCACUCACGCGCUAUGUCUGAGAGCGUCGUACAGAAGAGCGCGACACGGCGUAGAGGAACUGAACGACACUUUGGAUUCCGAAAACCUGGCCGAUUUUUCGGGCCUCAUUAUAGCGAGCAGGGCCUACAGGAUGGCGGACUCGUCCGGCGAGACGCGUCUUCCUGGCCUUCCGUUUGGCCCUUCCCAGCUGUUCUUCCUGGCACACUGUUACAAGUGGUGCGCAGCGAAAGGGAUAGGGGCGGCCUCGCCACGCUACGCAACAAAUAUGGCACGCUGUAACGUUCCGCUCAUGAAUAUGAAAGAAUUUGCUCAAGCGUUCGGCUGUAAACAGGGCGAUGUGAUGAAUCCGAAGCAUAAAUGUUCAUUUUGGUGAGAUAUUGCACGUUUAUUUCGGCUUUCCUGCAUGUAAAUGAGCGUGUGGAUAUUCGAAAAUGAGCAAUUUUUUUCUGAAAAAAAAAAAAUUAAAAAAAAUAAAAUAAAAAGCACCUAA